GAUGAAUUGCAAAAACAAGUCUCGGAAGGCAGUCUCAGUGUAUCUGGCAGCAAUGAUGUGUUGACCAUGGCUUUGGGUCCCGAGCAUCCUGGGAGAGGUAUUGAAGUAGUUGAUUAUUCAAAUGUGGAGAUGCCGUCUUCCUUACAAUCCCUUUGUCAUUAUGUGGAAACGACACUAACGCCUCAGGAGAAGAUCAUGACCUUUACAAUUGAGAAGAAGGUGUUUGGUGCAGAUCGCAGUCCCUUCGUCUUGCCUGAAGAUAUUACACAGUUAGCGGGCAUGGAAGAAAUUAGGGCUACUGUGGUUGCAGUAUAUAUGAGGUGCUUAUAUGAUCGUUUGAAAGAAGCAAAUAUGUGUAGCAUGGUUGACUUUAUCGACCCUGCUCAAGUUAGUGCCAACGUUGGGUCACUGACUGACAGAUCACGAUUGGUAGCAAGUCGACUUCAGAAGACAAAUGGUGAACAGAUUUUCAUGAUGCCUUACAAUCCAGGUCGUCAUUGGGUCUUGCUGAUUGUGAGAGCAAAGAAGGAAACCGUCUAUUUUCUGGAUCCUCUGCCCGAAAAUCGUGUGGUUGAUGAGGAGGCCAAAAACUUUGUGAACAGCACACCAAAGCAACCCAGCAAUGUCGAAUGCGGGUAUUAUGUGAUGCGCUUCAUGAGGGACAUCAUCAUGGAUCCUUCCUUGGAGUUUGAGAAGAAG